CGGACAAGUGCGCUGUGCUUCUGGCACCAGCUGGGGGCGAGCAGACUUCAGGCAGCCGCCGUCGCCGCCGUCGCUGCAGCCGUUGCGAUCGCUGCAGCGGAGUUCAGAGGGCCCGGAGGUGGCUGAGAUGUCGUCCACCGCGGCAUUUUACCUUCUCUCCACCCUGGGAGGGUACUUGGUAACCUCAUUCUUGUUACUCAAAUAUCCGACCCUCCUGCACCAGAGAAAGAAGCAGAGAUUUCUGAGUAAACACAUCUCUCACCGCGGAGGUGCUGGAGAAAAUUUGGAGAAUACAAUGGCAGCCUUUCAGCAUGCAGUUACAAUUGGAACUGAUAUGCUGGAAUUGGACUGCCAUAUCACAAAAGAUGAACAAGUUGUAGUAUCACAUGAUGAGAAUCUAAAGAGAUCAACUGGAGUCAAUGUAAACAUCUCUGAUCUCAAGUACUGUGAGCUCCCACCUUACCUUGGCAAAUUGGAUGUCACAUUUCAAAGAGCAUGCCACUGUGAAGGAAAAGAUAACCGAAUUCCAUUACUGAAAGAAGUUUUUGAGGCCUUUCCUAACACUCCUAUUAACAUCGAUAUCAAAGUCAACAACAAUAUGCUGAUUAAGAAGGUUUCAGAAUUGGUGAAACAGUAUAAACGAGAACACAUAACAGUGUGGGGUAAUGCCAGUUACGAAAUUGUAGAGAAGUGCUAUAAAGAGAAUUCAGAUAUUCCUAUACUCUUCAGUCUACAACGUGUUCUACUUAUUCUUGGACUGUUUUUCACUGGCCUCUUGCCCUUUGUGCCUAUUCGAGAACAGUUUUUUGAAAUCCCAAUGCCUUCUAUCAUAUUGAAAUUAAAAGAACCACACACCAUGUCAAGAUGUCAAAAGUUUCUCAUCUGGCUUUCUGAUAUAUUGCUGAUGCGGAAAGCUUUGUUUGACCACCUCACUGCCCGUGGCAUUCAGGUGUAUAUUUGGGUAUUAAAUGAAGAACAAGAAUACAAAAGAGCAUUUGAUUUGGGAGCAACUGGAGUGAUGACAGACUAUCCAACAAAGCUGAAGGAUUUUUUACGUAAUUUUUCAGCAUAG